CAGAUCUACAGGACGUUAUUCAGUGAAGGAUUGCGUUGUUGUCCUAGCAGUCCUUUGUUUUGUUUUUGUUGUGACACCAGGGCGAGUUCCUGAAUUACGACAUAUUGCUGGGUGUCAACCAAGGAGAGGGACUGAAAUUUGUGGACGACAGUGAAGGAGAAGACGGAAUAUCAUCAGCUACGUUUGACUACACCAUCUCCAACUUUGUGGACAAUCUGUAUGGAUUCCCUGACGACAUCCUCAGGGAAACCAUAAAGUUCAUGUACACAGACUGGGCUGACCGGGACAAUACUGACAUGCGCAGGAAGACCCUCCUGGCUCUGUUCACAGACCACCAGUGGGUGGCCCCGGCCGUUGCCACUGCCAAGCUGCACGCCGAGUUCCAGUCGCCCGUCUAUUUCUACACCUUCCACCACCACUGUCAGACGGAGGCCCGGCCGGAGUGGGCCGACGCUGCUCACGGAGAUGAGAUCCCCUAUGUGUUUGGGAUCCCCAUGGUGGGAGCCACUGACCUGUUCCCCUGCAACUUCUCCAAGAACGAUGUCAUGCUCAGUGCUGUAGUCAUGACCUACUGGACCAACUUCGCCAAGACAGGAUCUAAAGGCAGAUCUGAGGGCUGCUUUAUCGAGGCCUUCAUGGCCACGCUGCUGAUAUCUGCCUCGUCUCUGCUUCUCAGCCGGGAGAAGAGGAAGGAGAAGAAAGUGGACAAGCCGUUCUACUCCGACUCAGAUGCAGAGUCCGGGCCCACGGAGUCAGCGGACAGCGAGUCGGACUCAGCCAGCGGCUCGGAGAGCGGCAGCGGCCUGGAGGAGAGCGGCUCGGGGUCAGAGAGCGAGGAGAGCGAGGAAGGCUCCGAGUCUGAAGAGGAGGUGGACAAGAAGAAGAAGAAAAAGAUCGAAUUAAAGAAGCCUGUGCAAGUGAGCGAAAGCGAGCAGAGCAGUGAAGAGGAAGUGAGGAAGCACGAGAGGAAGAAUAAACAGCGUAAGAGCAUCUCAGAGUCUGAAUCUGAUGAUGAGGAGGAGAGCGAGUCUGAAAGCAGCCAAUCAGAGUCUGAAGACUCGGAGUCUGAGGCGGAAAUCAAAAAGAAGAAAAAGGCAGCUGAAACCAAACCUCCCCCUAAGCCGGUCAAGAAAGAGUGCAAGAAGGAGAAGAAGGAAAUGUCUCUGCUCGACCUCGAUGACUUUGAACCCACCCCCUCUCCUCAAGCCACGCCCCUGAACAGCUUCCUGUCCAGCAGCCUGGUGAACGACCUGGAGGGACUGUCUCUGUCCGACGCCGUGCUCUCUCCGGCG